AUGGAAGAAGCGGUUGUUCGGAGCUAUGUUCACGAGGAAAAUACCAUAAUCACAACCCUGUGCGCUUCAAUAGACGCCGUUUUGUCCUAUGGAAUACGCCAGAACAUGUUCACCUUCUUCGAUGACUCCACACUGUCCCUUUGUCGCCGUAUCGCUAAAUUUUGUCCACCCGCGCAACAUGUUCUGGAUCGAAUGGACUAUCAUCGCAAUACGAUGCAAUUUCUUCCGAGACAUUCUGCAAUGGCGGCCACCCCGAAUGGUACGCUGUCCCGAACGGGGAAACUUGCACAGAACACAUCCACACAAUUUACUGGUCGAUUAAACGGUACGGGGGACAAUUUGGGCUCCAGCUCGACCACGCCUGCCACACAACGAAACGGUCGCCUUGGUCGAACAGUGUCCUUGCGUUCCACUCCGGUUCGAUAUUACGAAAAAUAUGCAAUUAUGGCAGAUCCGUGUGAUGGAAUGCUCAUCGCCGACUUAUUACGUGGACCGUGUGCGGUGGACUACUCCCGUACAAGAACAACCGAUUAUCUGUAUACGGAUCCACCAGUAGCUGAACUGAUUCAGCGACACGGGAUCUCCGGUAGUCUCCGAUCGCGACAACUCCCAUACGUGCCACCGUCGAGCCAAACCAACACCGACCGGGAAGUGCGGUCCAUAUCAAUUCAUUGUCUGUCCUCUGUGCACCAACCCGAGGAUACCGUAUUGCCGGAUAAUGCGUCACCCGGACAUAGCUGUCCAACGCCACUACAUGAUGUCAGUUCACUAACCAGUCGCACGAGCUCCAUGACCAGUGUGCCCCAAUCGACCGAGAACGGUUACAUGAGCGAGUGUGAGCCGUCCGUCACGCCAUAUUCGGGCUCCGGCUCAGCGCGUGUGGCUCGUCGCAAACUGGUACUGGCCGCGAAGGAACACGUAGAGUCUAUGCACCAAAGUGUCCGAUCCACACUAUUGUACGGAAAAAAUAACGUGCAUGUGCAAACGGUACUGUUCCGGUUGUCCCGUUUCUUUUCUUAUUUUUUUCAUCUGCAUUUCGUAUGA